GAUUCGGAGAUCGACUCCUCUUCCUGGGCCGGAAGGAAGUGCCCAAGCCUAAAUCGAUUGCUUGCCGAGUUAUUCAUCGCAUCUCAGAGAAGACCUCCUGGCUGGUUUGCUGUUCACCUGGUUUCCGUCGUCAUGUUCCGUAACCAGUAUGACAAUGAUGUCACUGUUUGGAGCCCUCAGGGCCGAAUUCACCAGAUUGAAUAUGCAAUGGAGGCUGUCAAGCAAGGCUCUGCAACUGUUGGGCUGAAAUCCAAAACACAUGCUGUCUUGGUUGCGUUAAAGAGGGCACAGUCAGAACUGGCAGCUCAUCAGAAAAAAAUCCUCUAUGUUGACAACCAUAUUGGAAUUUCAAUUGCUGGACUUACUGCUGAUGCACGGCUUCUAUGCAAUUUCAUGCGUCAAGAAUGUUUGGAUUCUAGAUUUGUAUUUGACAGGCCUCUUCCAGUGUCUCGACUAGUAUCUCUGAUUGGAAGUAAAACACAAAUACCAACACAACGAUAUGGUAGGAGACCAUAUGGCGUGGGACUUCUCAUUGCAGGCUUUGAUGAUAUGGGUCCGCAUAUCUUCCAGACCUGCCCUUCUGCAAAUUAUUUUGAUUGCAAAGCUAUGUCUAUUGGUGCAAGAUCCCAGUCAGCUCGAACUUAUUUGGAACGACGCAUGACUGAGUUUGCUGACUGUUCUCUGGAUGAGUUGGUUAAACAUGGACUGCGUGCUUUGAGAGAGACACUACCUGCUGAACAGGACCUAACUACCAAGAAUGUUUCUAUUGGGAUUGUUGGCAAGGAUAUGGAGUUUACUAUAUAUGAUGAUGAUGAUGUAGCACCAUUCCUAGAAGGUCUUGAGGAAAGGCCACAGAGAAAGACUGCUCAACCUGCUGAAGAAACAGCAGAAAAGCCUGAGGAACCAAUGGAGCACUAAAUACUGCGCACGAAAUAUGUGUUUAUUCCAGUUGCAGCAAUGCUGGAAUCUUCAUUUGUAUUCUGGCAACUUAACUCUGAGAUAAAUGCGUAUUGUAGUGACAUGUUAUAGUGAGUCAGUCUUCAAAAUGCAUUGCCAAAAAUCUUGAUACUGGCAGUGGAGAAUUAAUAAACUGACCAUUUCUCUUGAAAAUAAAAGAUGUCAUUUUCUUAAAGUAUGGAAUACUGUUUUAUAUGAAAAAGUUGCUUUAUGUCAUAAAGGCAUCUGUGAAUAAAUAUUUCUUUCUUGGAA